AUGCACUGCCGUGCUAGCUAGCUGUAGCUUAUGCUUUCAGUACUAGAUUCAUUCUCUGAUCCUUUGAUUGGGUGGACAUGCCAGUUCAUGCUGCAAGAGCUCUGAUAGGUAGGAGAAUGUCCUCUGGAAGUUUUCAUAAUUACUGUGAAAAUCUAUGGAAGGGGGUGAGAACCAUGAGCUUUCUAGGUUUUGUAUUGAAGAGGAGGACGGAAACUAGCUGUCCUCUGGCUACACCAUGGUGCUACCUUAGAGUGCUGUUGAGGCUACUGUAGACCUUCGUUGCAAAACAGUGUUUUAUAAUCAAUUAUUUGGUAAGAUGUGAAUAUACUUAGUGUAGUUUUAUCUUAAAAGGUUAACUUUUUUCAGGUUUUAAUUAUUUUUUUAUUAAAUUCACUGUGGAGGAUGGUCCUCCCCUUCCUCCUGAUGAGCCUCUACUGAUCAGAUGAAAACAUGACUGGUUGUGUUUAUACCACAAUAAAAUGUAAUACAUUUUAAAAGUUAAAUAACAGAUCUUUACGACUACGCCCACAGAGAUCCUAUUGAAUUAACAGAGAUUGUAUAUUUAAUUCUAUGACUAAGCUCGUCCAUACCGGGAAUAAAUUAAAUCUACUUUCACCCCUGCUUAUAUAAGAAUUAUCUGGCCAUGUAAAUUCCUAAUUCGGGCUACAUAGAUAAUACACAUUACAUACAAAACAAAAAUACACACAGAAGCGCAGAGCAGUGUUUCGCCCAGUGAUGUAGUAGAGUGACUAAACCUUGAUUCCCCUGUGCUCGAGUCACGAGUUGCUGUGGCUGAAGUCGGACCAAGACUCGGGCACUGGGACUCAAAGUGCUCAAGUCUGAGUUACUGGGUCCACAUGAACUCAUAAUAAAGUUAUUUACCCAGUCAAAUAUAGUGUAGUGGCAAGAGGAAUUUAGCAACUAGUGUCUUCUAAUCAGCCAAUCCCAUUCCAGCCAUCACUUACCUGCUUCUCUCCAUCUGCUCUUAAUUAUGAAUGCUCAUCUUUUCCUCCAUUUAAAAAAAAAUUGAAUUUAGCUGUGAUGCAGUCCCUGAUCAGUUGUAUGUUGUUACAUUUGUACAUUUGAUACAUUGGAGCAGCUCAGAAAGUGAGCCAUGUUGAUACAUUGUAUAUAAUUUCAUCCUUGGUAUAACCAGUGCAUAGGCCAGUCUGGGUAGGCUUUGCAAGUUCUGUGUCACACAGCAGUGCCAGAGAAGAAAAACAGUUUUGCAACAGGCAUGUGUGCAGGUUUACAGCAAAGAAAACUGUAAAAAUCCAAUAUGUGUUGAGUAGGAAGUGUGAAUAUCAGUGACAGGUUUUUUUUGUGUAGCACGUGCAUAACGUUUAGAAAACGGGAACAAGCAUUGGAGGGGACGGGCGAACAGGACUCUAGGCCACUGAAUUUUUCUGCCGUGGUAUUGCGAUACUUGGCCUGGUAUCGUUUGUAAAAUGUGACAACACUACAGCCUAUAGGGAUGAGGUCAGUGACCUGGAAACCUCUCCCUUGACGUCAGCAAGACAAAGGACCAAAACGCUCCCAUUCUCAUUGACAGGGCUGUAGUGGAGUUUCAAGUUCUUCGGUGUCCACAUCACUAAGGAAGUAUCAUGGUCCACAAACACCAACCCAGUUGUGAAGAUGGCACGACAAUGCCUCUUCUCCCUCAGGAGACUGAAAAGAUUUGGCAUGGGCCCUCAGAUCCUCAAAGUUCUACAGCUGCGCUAUUGAGAGCAUCUUGACUGGCUGCAUCACCGUUUAGUAUGGCAACUGCUUGGCAUCUGACACAGAGGCCCAACUCGGAGGAAAAUCUGUCUCCCUCCAGUAGGUGGCGUUUGAUCAUUUUCGCCCACCAAGCAAUGAGUUUUUAUAGGGAGGUCAAUGAUAGUGUUGAAUUUUGCCAACAAAAAAUGUUAUGCCUUAUUUGCUACGUGAGUUUUCUUUGGUCGAAUAGAAGCUUCGUAAUGCUUAAUGUGUUACGAGUGUAAGUACGACGUGACAUCCCGGCAACUUUGGGGGAAAAAACAUUUUAUAUCGUAAUUGCUUCGAGAUGGCUAUUAUAAAUGUAAUGAGGCUAGUAGCGUAGCUUCUUUCUCCAUUGAAUAUUGGCGGUUGACGUCAACAACCCUCAUCGAAUAUAAAAAAAAAGGAUUACAAUAAUGAGACGUAUCCACCAAUCCAAAGAAAGGAUAGUUGGGAGCUAGACAGCCCUCCGUGCCGCUUUGUGGACAACAACUCCCAUUGUUAGGGCGGAGAGAUGUGUAGUAUCUUGUCAGUAUAUCCAUGAUCGUUGUCUCUUCUCCCCUGUGAUCCGGAAACCGAUAAGUGGUCGAGGAGCGUGUCAAUCACUGACGUAUAAUAAGAACUGGAGACUGUAUCUAAAAUGUCUGACCGUAGUUUUUCCGGUUUAUACAGACUAACAUCACAUGCGCACUAGCACAUAGGGAGCAGCGACGACGUCAUCCCAAAACAUGGCAGACAUUGGGUGAAUAUAAAAUGUUAAUAUCUUUGGCUGUGAGUGAUUAUAUAUUAAAUAUAAUUCAAUUGGUGUUUUGUGCACAAAGGUGAGGACUAAAGUGUUUUAGGAAUUGUCUAAUCGCACUUCUCUAUGUGAUUGCCUAUAGAAAUUGCCUUUAUCUGCCACACCCCCUUUGAAACAGCUAUUGUAUUUUCAGAGGAGAAAAGCAUGCACACAUUUAACAACGAUAUGCUACUUAACCUUUUAUCUAUAAAAUGUCUUGCACAGUUAACUUAAUUUGUUUUGUUUUUUAUCAUAUUACACAUUUAUUUUGGGAUGCACCUGUAAACCUCAUUUGCCUGUUUGAAAUUGCGGAGAAAAAGCCAUUGUCUCAGUCCAGUAGUGUAGUGGAACGAGAUUGCGUGAAGAUGAUGUACGGCGUAGUAAAAUACGUCACGAUGUGAGUGCGGAUUCACAGCUCAGGGCAUUUCGCCCGCUUCCCCUCUGCUCAUGUGUCCCCUCUGCGCGCAUGUGUUCAAAUGUGUUAACCAGAAUUGGGUCUUGGUCAGUUUUUGGAUAGUGUGCAAUAAAUCCCCUGAUUACUUAGCUAUCUUGGCGCAAAGACACAAUGAUAUUAUAACCAGAUUCUUCAUGUACUGCAUUUCCGAUUAUUUACUCAAUGAAAACAAUGUGAUGCAUGGAUCAUAAUACAUCAAUCAAUAAAUAGUAUAUCAAGAAGUUAUGAGAAGUGUUAACUUACAUCCUUGCCAAUUCUAGACAGUGUCAAUAAAUAUAUUGUUGAGCAUUGACAGUAGCUAAACUAACCACCUCUUUCCCCCCAAUCACUCUCUCAGGUGAAGGACAUCUCACUGGAGGCCACAGGAGCUUUGUGAAGCCAGUGGGACACCAUACAUGGAGAGAUGACCAACCAAUCACUGUUGAUGAGGGGAGUGGAACCUCAACCCAGCACGUUAUCGUGAUAGAGUCUGAAGAUGCAGAGGCUGCAGGUCCUGGGGUCAAGCUGGAGGGGUCUGAAGGAGAGGAGGACCCAUGGCACAGCAGAGACAUCCAGACUGGAGCAGCAUCUGGUGCGCCCCAUGUAGCCACGGAGGACCCCACCUCCCCUGCCCAGCCCAGGAUCCGACACUGCAUCACGGAGGUCAGUGGAAUGCCGAACUUCGCCCUCAAGUCAGAGACCAACACCAAGACAUUAACUGAAACACACAGGCUAUUACACACAGGAACUGACCACAGAUCAGACCCAGAGAGACUGGGGCCACUCAGCUGUCCUCCUGCUCCCGGUUCCGAAUACUUACCGGUGUUUCACCAGAGCCAGAAGACGGUUCAUUCCCGUGGAGAUGGUGAUGCGUUAGAGACUGGUGUUGAUGAUCCGUCUUGUUCUUACUCUACAGAGAUGGACUCUGGCAACAUGCCCUUGUGUUUAGAGACACAGAAUGAUCUGUCUAGGGGGGGGUGGAACCGGUACACUAGUAGUGUAUACUCUGAAGGGUGCCUAGAUAAGAAAGGGGAGGUUAUAGUCAUUGAUGAAGUGACUGUGAAAAUGGAGGGCGACAUUUCUCUCACAUGGAAUGCAGAUAGUCACCUAGGUGACGGACACUCACAAGGCAGAGACUUCUUAGAUUACAGGGAAAGUCUAGAGACAAAUCCAAAUGUCGUGACCCACUCCCCUUUACACACACUCAAGGAUCGGGACCCAGGGUCCACAUCAAUGGGGCCUUCCGAUUCACACAGCCUUUUCGGUCAGGUAUUGACCUCAAACGACAGCGCUAGAGCCAAGGCUCGAGAAGGGGGAGCAACAUCAGACAGUAGUAAAGAGAAACGGUUCCUCUGCAUGUUCUGUAACAAAGGCUUCAGCUGCCUCCAGAAGGUGGAGAUUCAUCAGAGGUUCCAUACAGGGGUGAAACCCUUCAGCUGUAACCAGUGUCACAUGUGCUUCGCCCAGGCUGGUGACCUGAAGAGGCACCAGAGGGUCCACACAGGGGAGAAACCCUACAGCUGCCCCCAGUGUGAGAAGAGGUUCUCCCGCCUGGACAAACUGAAGAUGCACCUGAAAGUCCACACGGGAGAGAGGCCGUUCGCCUGUACACACUGCAGGAAGAGGUUCUCAGAGAGGAGCUACCUCAAGAUACACCAGCAGAAAAAACAUUCCACUCUAUAACAUAGAAAGUAACAUUGCACUCCAUAGCUUCUGAGGUUUAGAUCAAAUAUUGAAUUAAAGAGAAAUAUGAAAUUGUAUUGUCAGCAGAAAAGAUCCACAGAUGAAUUUGGAAUAACGAGAGUAACAGAUUUCAUUGUUGAAUAUUCCUGGGUAGAAUAUUGCAUCCAGACAUUGUGUGAUAUAUAAGGCGCAUAUAUAUAUAUAUAUAUAUAUAUAUAUAUAUAUAAAUAUAUAUAUAUAAACCUAAAAAGUCUGAUACAUAGUGUUUGUACUGUGUAGGAUAUAUGUUCACAAAUGCCUAUUUGAUUACUUCCAUUAAACUAUUUAAUUUUUUAAAGUUCAUGCAUAUUUUUAGUUGAGAUGUGUAUGUGUGGUUUUCAUAUGGUGUAUUUAACACUUGUUUAUGUUUAAUAAACACAAAAUGGGACUUUUCA